CGUUGUGUGUGCAGUCACUUUAAAUUAGAGAUUUACUUCAAAAGAGGAUGCUCCAAAAAAAAAACAAAAAAAACUCUCAGCUCACGUUUGAUAUAUUUAUUCGAUUUAUAAAUACAAGAUUAUUUUACGACCUUGGUGAUAUAACUAUUUAGGGAAACUGUGGGUAAUAUGAGAUUAAUUCUAAGUAUUGGAAUUUUACAGUAGCAGCCAUGUUAUUAGACUUUGCAAUCAGUCUGUAGGGUUUAAAGUGCCAUAUUUUGAGCAUUUGGUUCAGUGCAGUGGUGAAGGAGCUGGUAGUGUUGGUUUAUUUAGCAUUCUGUAUCGACAGACAGGUUGUUCAGUAAAGCAAAUGGUAGGAUAUGCAGGUGAGAUGUCCAUUUCAUAUUUUCUUUCAGUAUGUAGGCUAUCAUAAAUGUCUUUAUUUUGUGUUCCUGUUUGGACAGACACAAUGUUUGGCUGAAUGGGUGUGGGAGUGUGUGUGUGUGUUUGUGUGUGUGCGUGCGUGUGUGGUUGUCAUGUCUCUUGCGGUGAGGACUCUAAUCUCCCACAGCAAUCAGAUUUGCUACUGAUUGAAAGAGAGAAUUAGACACACAGACUCAAGAUUCACCAAUUUAUUUAUUAUUUUUUUUCCUGUUUGAGAAAUAUAUGGCUGCACAAACCGCAUAUACAGUGGAGUCCAAAAAUCUGAGCCUUUUUUUCUCAUUUAAUAUAAAACUUUCAUUACAAAUGAUAUCAAUUACUUGAGGGAAAAGUUUGUGUAAAGCCAGAUAAUCCAUGUUAAUUCAAGUUCAUUGGAGUGUUGUCUGAACAUGUCACGCUUCAAUGAAGGAGGAAAAAAAAAGACCUUUUGUACAAUUUGCUUAAAUAUAAAUAGUGACCAAGUAAUAGCACAAUUGUAAAGGUUUCUGUUUAUUUCCAGGUUUAUAUGAAAUUUUUUUUUUUUUUUUAAUUAAAAUCCCAGAUUUUAAAUGUGGUCUCAGGCUUUUGGACCCUACUGUAUGUGAUUAUUAUUUGAGAACAAAGAAUUUUUACAAGACAACAUGGCCUUAUUUUAUCAAACACAUGUGACAUGAACAUUAUAAUGAAAUAAUAAAGCUUUUGACAGAACUUAGUUAAAAAAAAUUUUUAACUUUAUUUGAAGGCUGACUGUUCUAUUAUCUUGUGGUUGAUAUAUAUAUUUAUCUGUAUUUUAAAGCAUGUUGUGCAUUUUGUGCUACUGAUUUUUUAUAAGCUGGCCAGACUUUCUUUAAGACUUUCUUUCAGAAUUUCUCUCUUGUACUAUAGGAGAGCCAAGUUUGACAAAUACAUUUAAUGUUUAUUUUCUGCAACUGAGAGUAUUGAAGUUUGUGUUCAAAAUAAAGCUCUCCUGCCCUGGACACUUGGGUUGGAAGGCAGGGAUUGGAUUAGUGUGUGUCUGUAUCUGUGUGUUCGCUCAUGAGUGUGUCGGUAGCUGUUGUGCCCUCAUUGGAUUUUGUUUGUGUGUGUGUAUGUGUGGUUGGAUUAGAGGCUUUAUUCCGCUGUGCAGCUUUAGCGCACUGCAUUUGGCUCAGAACUGAACAGAUAGCAGAGAUGAAACAGUGAAAGAGCGAAACAGCAAGAGAAACAAGAAUGAGUAACUUAUCCUGUUGGAUCUUCUACAAGCCACGUUUGAGCUAUGUCAGGUAGUUCAGGCUGCACCGUCAGAUUUGUUAUGUUGCUGUGAUUUGUCUGAGUUGCGUGUGUGGUCAUGUGGGAGCCGUGUCGCAUUUGUGGUGACCGUGUGCCAGGUGCGCAAUGCCGGUGGUUGUUUGGUAAAUGUGGACGUUUACAGCCUGCCGUGGUUCUGGCCCGUGUUUUGGGGUGCAAUCUUCAUCGAGACGGGAGCAGUGAACUCCUUUGUGGGAAGUGCAUGUUCCUGCUGGAGUGUGUGUUGCGGUGCGACAUCGCCAUCGAAGACCUGCAGAAUACACACACUGCACAAUUGCAACGGCUGCAGCGCGAGAGAUCUAGACUGAGUGUGCUGAUAACGCAGAAAUACUGGCGGAGUAACUCACAAGAACAGGAUCGGUGCAAAACAAAUAAUACUGGAACAAACCAGGAGUUUCAGAGCCAGUCAGCAUGUGACCACGCGGCUGAAAAACUGCAAAAGCAAACGUGUAAGAAAAGUGAGCUGAAACAGUGGCGAAAUGAGGCAAAGCACCUUGAGUGGCCAAAAAAGCAGCAGAAUAAAUUACAGCGAUGCCUCAUGGGAGGAGAUGCAAGGACCACACAUCCUGGGUCAAAGAUCAACAAGGAGAGUGAUGGCCAACAUCAGAGAAUUAAGCAGUCUCAGUUGAGGCGCAGUGUCUCACUCAGUUUUGGGCGGAGCCUAUUAGCUCAGAAUUCUAGUGUGGCAAGGUUUAAAGCAGAAAGUAGCAUGGCAACUGGAUUUUCUACAUCAAGCCAUAAGUAUUCAGAUCUCAUCCUCAGGAAGUGCGUUUUAACGUCAUGCACCACUUCUGUCAGCUCUACUCAGGCCAUCACUACACCCCCACGUCUCAGGCAGACACAGCCACUCAGAGGCUCGCUGUUGCCUUUGGGUGAUUUACUGCAGUUGCUGCGGGGCAUUAGGCCUCGCCCACUGCCAUGGACUGUGGGCACUAGGAUUCCUGUCCAAUUAAAACCAAGUGGUGUGUCUGGGCAUGCCCACGUGGGUAAGGCCAGACUGGUGAGGGCAGAGCAAGCUGUGAGAGAGCUGGAGGAGGAGUUUAAUGAUGAAUAUCUAGCUCUUAAACCGGAGGUACACUCUUUCAACUACAUGACGUUUUGUAUGUGUGUGUUGUAUGUGUGUGUUGUAUGUGUAUCUGUGGCUUCCUAUUUAUAAUAUCGGUGUCUGUCAAACUAGGGUUCACAGACCCUCAGCGUUCUGUAUCAUACAGCUGACAUAGAUAUAGAUAGGCUAAUUGACUUCCCUUGGAUGGAUUUAAAUGGAUUUAAUCUAAAUCUCAAUAAUUUCAAAACCAAUGUAAGUAGUGUUAAUAAGGUCAGCUGCAAUUUUACUAAAACCAGCUAAUACAAUAAAAAUGAUUUUCUAUCUAUAAUUUAACAUAAAGAAACUGGUUUAGGUUCUAUAGGUAGAAUGUUCAGGAAUAAAAAGGCAUCUUGGAUUUAACAAAUAAAUAUGAUGUAUUUAUGAUGUGUAAAAUUCUCCUAACAGUCCAUAGCAAUUGUUUUACACUGGAGACCCCGUAAUAUUGUGAUCAUCCGUUUGUGUGUA